AUGCAUUUCUCUCGCUCUACAGCUACUACCGCUCUUGUGGCCUUGCUCCCUGCAUACACACUUGCUCAGACCUUCACCGAUUGCGACUCCACCAAGGAGUCUUGCAAGCCUGAAGUAGGAUUGCCAUCGUCGAAACUGAUUUCCGAUUUCACAAAAGGCAAGAGCUCCGGCGAAAGCUGGAGUCCCGCCGAUGGUACUUCUCUCAAGUAUGGCAGCGACGGUGCCGAGUACGCCAUCAUCAAACCUGGAGAGGCACCUACUGUUGGCAGCGACUUCACCAUCUUCUAUGGUACCGUCGAAGUGGUUAUGAAAGCUGCUCACGGUCUCGGCAUCGUCUCGUCCAUCGUUCUCGAAUCCAGCGUCCUGGAUGAAAUUGACUGGGAGUUCCUCGGCAGCAAGCCCACCCAGGUCCAGACAAACUACUACGGCCUAGCGAACACAACAACCUACGACCGUGUCGGCUACCAUGACAUUGCAGACACACAAGCUGAUUUCCAUGCAUACACCAUCGACUGGUCACCGGAGCGCAUCGACUUCCUGGUCGACGGCAGCAAAGUCCGCACCAUCUCUCGUGCCUCCACCGAAGGUCGCAACUACCCCCAAACGCCAAUGCAAGUCAAGCUUGGCAACUGGGCUGCCGGUGGACCCGGAAUGGCAGAGGGAACUGUGGCAUGGGCGGGCGGAAAGACCAACUACGAUGAUGGCCCCUUCAACAUGAUUGUCAAAUCUGUCAAGAUCACCAACACCAACCCAGCUUGCUCGUACAAGUACAGCGAUAAGACCGGAUCGGACACCAGUAUUGAUAUCAUCACGAAAGGUGACUCUUGCAAUGGCGGCAAAGUCGCUGGAAAAACCGCCACCGAAGGUCCCACUCUCAGCCAGACUGUCGCGGACAUUGUUCCAACAGCCUACAUCAACAGCAGCACUUCAAAUGGAGCUGCAACUAGCACCGGUGGUGCUUCUCCUUCGGCAGGCACCUCAGCUGGCAAGCCCAACUCCCCGUCUAUGGAGACUUUCACUGGUGGUGCUGCGCUUCACAGUGUUGGAACUAUCGUGUCUUGGUUGGCUAUUGCUGCUGGGCUCUGGGUUUUGUGA